AUGUCCCGUGGAGUCCCUGUGGAGGACACAGAGGAUCUGCAGCUAAUGACGGGGCUUGAAGGUCUGCGAGUUCUUAAGACUACACAGUCUCCUUUCGUGAACUUCGUCAAUGAUGAAUUCCGUUCACUGCCAGACGCAACUGACCGCAUCUUCUCCAUUGUCUCCCCCGCCUGGCAGUACAACACUGUCAAGAACGUCGACUUUGGCAAGAUAUGGAUAACGAUACUGAAGGUGAUCAACGACAAGUUUGCUGGUCCCCCUGACAUGGGCAUCUUCUCUCCUCUUUUCCAGAACACAGUCUACCUCAUACAAAAGACCGCCCUCGAGCAGAUACCAGAGCUUGCCACCAUGAGAGUGACGAUGCCUAACAAACACUACUUCAGCGUGGACUUUAGCAAGUUCAAGGAGGUGGGCAGCAGGGAGAACAAUGAGGUGUUCCUUCCCGUAGACAAACCUUCUGGCAACAUCAUGGCUGUAUUGGGACGGAAGACCCACUCCAAGCUCUAGUUUACCACAAGUUUCCGCCAUCAGUAAACUGAAGGAAACGAAGAACCCUAGUCAUUGCUGUUGGUAUAAAUAAGGUGAUCUAGCUAAGUUAUGAUUUACAGACGGAAAGCCAUUUUGGGUUAAAAUUAUUAAAACCUGACUGUAUGAUCUUCACAGAGUACUUAAUAAUAAUAAUAAUAAUAAUAAUAAUAAUAAUAAUAAUAAUAAUAAUAAUAAUAAUAAUAAUAAAAGCACUAUAUAAAUGAUCCAAAAAUUAUUGAGAAGAGUGAUCAGAACAAAGAAUAUUUAGUGCUUUUCUGUAACAAAUGGCAGAUUAUAUUAGAAUAGUAAAUUGUAAAGAGAUGAAGUAUGAUUUGAUAUUUAAGCUUUAUUCGUUUAAAAGAACAAACUUAUAAAAAAGUUUACCUUUUAUCAUUAUCACUCCCUGGUAUUGUUUUUAUCUAUUUCUGAGCUUCAUAAACCAUAAUGAAUAAUUCCCAUGUUUCCACAUCAUAAAUAAAUCCGACAUUCGAUGAUAAUUCUGUUAUUAUUACAUAUCUAAUAUUAACUAUACAGACUGUACAGUGAUCGCAAGCGUGUCUAAAAUAAAUAACAAUGUGCAAAACUGA